GUCCAGACCACCUCACGGCAUGCGCGACAUCGCUUCCGCUGCAGACCUCCCGUUCGGAUCUCCGCUUCCACCGUCCCAUGGCGAUGUCAUGUGGUUGGGAGAGGACGCUGCGACUCAGCAGCAAACACCUCCGGCACCCGAGGCUGUCGCGCCAAAGGCUGAGGCCGUCGCCGCCUGUGGUCGCAGCCUGGCAGGGGCCAAUGCAUGGCAAUGCCAGGCCUCUUGCAGACGCAAGUGCGCCGUCCGCCGCGCCCCCGCGGCCAGCGGCCGCCGGGAGGACCUGCCAUCCGUGGCGCAACUGGAGCAGAGCGUCAACCUGGCGUGUACCUGCCUCCGCGACGGCGCGAGGGCCAGGGCCUGGGAGAUCUCGCAGGAGGCACUGCAGAAGUUGCUGCGCCGGCGCUCGCGAGGCCGGCACCUCCACCACUCCUUGGAGUACGCCUUACGCGUCAACCUCUCGUGUGCCACGGAGGAGGUGGCUGAACGGGAGCUGCACCUCCGAGAGGCGAUCGGUCUGGAACCUCUGCGCGUGGAGGCUCGCUUCCACUUGGCAGCCCUGCUGGCAGAGGAGAAGAAGUUGGCGGAAGCUCUACAGCUCUUGCGACAGGCCUUGGAGAUUGCUCCGGAAGAAGUCAAUUGCUUGGCACUCACUUGCCGGUGCUUGGAAGGACUCCACCGCCAUGCGGAAGCCCUCACGGUGGCCACACAGCUCUGCCGCGUCGACCCGGCCUCCACGUUCCUGGCGCUGCGGGAAGUCUUCCGAUCUCAGCCCGACGACGUCUUUGUGGUGACCUUCUCACGCUGUGGCACCACUUGGAUGGUUCAGAUUGCCGUUUGCUGUCUCUUCGGUGCAGCAGCCAACUACGAAGACCACGCGCUCUUCUUGGAGGGAAGUAUUGCUUCCUCCGCCGCCUAUGUGCAGCACAUGGAAGCCUGGAGCGACAAGCCGAGGCCGAGGCUCUUCAAGAGCCAUGUGCCUGCGGAGAUGCAUCCGGGCCUGGCGCAUGGAGAGGAAGAGAUUCUCCAGGAACAUGGGAAGGUGAUCUACGUGGUGCGGAACCCCAAGGAUGCGCUGAUUUCCCUGCGGCAUCACCAUGCCAAUAACCCAGCGAUCGGCUGGACGGGCAGUUGGGACGAAUGGGUGAGGCAAUGGAUUGCUGGCGACAGGUCGCAGGAGUAUGGCGGCUCUUAUUUCGAGCAUGUGAAGGGCUGGUGGACGUUGGCGCAGCGCCAUCCCCAACGGAUCCGCAUUUUCUACUUCGAGGAGAUGAAAGCGAACCUGCGGCAGAGCGUCGCGGAGGUCGCCGAGUUUCUGCAGACAUCGCUCGGCUCAACGCAAGUGGACGAGGUUUGCAAGGCCUGCCGCUUCGAGUCCAUGCGGGGCAGGCAUCAGGUCUCAGAGGACAUCCGAAGCCGUGUGAAUCCGGAGCACUUCCGCGCGGGCCGCGUGGGCGGCGGGAGCCCAGAACGUGGCAGCAGCGGUCCGUGGGACAGUGCCGAAUCUGAUCCAAACGGUCGAGAGGACCCUUGGGGGGGUGGAGAUUGGUUGGGCACGAUGCCGAUUUGGAGGCGCCACACUGGGGUCGGUUUCGGUGGUCGGAGCGUGUUUGAUUGGGGAUGGCGAAGGCUAGUGCUUGUGAAUAAUUAAUUCAAUCGUUUCAUUGGCAAUGGGACAGGAAUUCCACAAAGAUUGGUCAGAUCCUGAUGUCGGGUCGGAUGUCCUUGCCUCUGACAUCAGCAUGAGGAUGUGAACCGAUGGGUUUGACGUUGAGUAUGAGAAUAAACAGGCAGAUGGGACAAAGAAACACAGAGGUAUACGGUAUACAAGUAUAUAGGUAUUAUUAUAUAGCAAUUUUGGGUGAGCACCAUAAUUGUC